UCUUCCGCUGCCAUGCGCGCUCUGGCACCAACGCAGGAAGGACACGAGGAGGUCGCUCCCUCUGAGGAUGUCCACUUUGAGCCCGUCGUCAAGCUGCAGGAGCUCCAGGAAAUCAAGACCCUCGAGGAGGACGAGGAGGUCGUUUUCAAAAUGCGCUCGAAGCUCUUCCGCUUCGACAAGGUCGGCAACGAGUGGAAGGAGCGCGGUACCGGCGAUGUCAAGCUUUUGAAGCACAAGGGCAGCUCCAAGAUCCGCCUCCUCAUGCGCCGCGAGAAGACCCUCAAGAUCUGCGCCAACCACUUCAUCACUCCCGAAAUGAAGCUCGCCCCCAACGUUGGCUCUGACCGUUCUUGGGUCUGGCACGUUGUUGCCGACUACGCCGAUGAGGAGCCCAAGUCCGAGCUCCUGGCCAUCCGCUUCGCCAACAGCGACAUCGCCAACACCUUCAAGAAGGAGUUUGAGGCUGCCCAGGCCCACAACAUUGCCCUCUCCAAUGCUCCCGAGGCCGCCCCUGCUCCUGCUCCUGCUGCUGCCGAGGAGACCGCCGCCGCUCCUGCUGAGGAGGCUGCUGCUCCUGCCGAAGAGGCUGCUGCCCCUGCCGAGGAGGCUGCCGCCCCCGCCGAGGAACCUGCCCCUGUUGCUGCUGAAGAGGCCGAGCCCGCGGCUGGACCUGCCGACGGAGAGACCCCCGUCGACGGCCACGCCCCCGAGGAGGAGCACAAGGAGUAAACGCAAGGCCAGCCGGACCCGCUCUCUGGAGAAUACUCAGCGAGCACGGCCAAAGAACGCGUGGGAACCAUGUGCACCGGAGCAACCAAAUCGUUAUACGCCUUGUUGCGCUGCCUGAUUCUGGCCUCCUUCCUCGGGCCUGGUGGCAUCCUCCCGCGUGCUUGUAUCUGCCUUGUACCAGCUUCGAUGUCGCCUGUUUUGACAUAGACACCGCCCUUGCCUCCCUUGCCUCCCUCUCCCUUUCUCUUCCACUUCCCCCUCUCCUCCCCUCUCUGCAUGAUAUCUAUUUUUUCUUUUCUGUUGUUAUUCCGGAAAUCCCCGGGGCGUCCCGUCGUUUCUUGGAAGAGAUGUAAUGCUUUGCUCUGUUCAAUAUUUGGCAUAUCACAACUUGUUCAAUAACUAGGUGGGCCAGCAAAUGCCCUGAACAAGUGUCGCCAGUGCACAGCCCGUCUCGUUUGCGUG